UUCUCGCCACUCGACGUCAGUGCGCGAGCGCGGCACGGGGCUCGCGUGUCACUCAGUCCGGUUUGGCUAUCUCACAUCGACAUGGACGCAGCGGAAAGCACACGGCGCCUUUAGAGUUUAUGCAAAACAUCCUUUUAUUCAUGCAUGGAUCUUUAGCCAAGCUGAGGAGCAUUUCACCGGGCCUUUUUUUUGUGCAAGAACCGGGGAGUUAAAAACGCGCGCGCUAAAAGGACGAGCUCUCAAACCCGUGCUAUAAGUUAUUUCUUAUGUAAGAUGCAUGGAAUGAGGAGAAAGGAAUAAGCAGAUGGAAGAACAGUAGGGAAAAGGUGUUUUUUCCCCCCUAAGGAGCGUAUACUCGGCUCUUGGGAAUACAGUUUUUGCAUGCAUAACGCACAAAUCAUUUAAUCUGGAAAUGAUGUGCUUUACAUCGGUAUUCUUCACUUAAUUUAAUGUGUCAGUGGGACUGAAACGCAACCGUGCGCUUUGGAUGACUCCGGAUGGCUUUGCUGGAAAGCAUAACAUUUCAGUGCACAGAGAAUAGGAUGAAAAAUUAGGGUGAGUGAUAUAAUAAUAAUAAUAAUAAUAAUAAUAAUAAUAAUGAUAAUAAUAAUAAUGAAGAUGAGGAUGAGGAUGAUGAGGAUGAUGACUUUGGAAUUAACAUGAUUUAGGUGGUGAAUAUUGUUCAUUAAUUUGUAAGAAAUUCAUUUACACACAGCGACUGAUAUGGAAGAACAUAAUUUGAAUGCAGCAAGGAAACCAGCUGAUGUCACAACAUGUCUUCAAACCACAUCGUGGGAAAUAAACAAAUGAGAUUUUGGCUGUGACAAUAAUAAACCAAACCUCAAGUACAGAACAGGAAAAGACACUGGAUGUCAGUGAGCUUAUCAUCUAUCUCGCUCUGCUCUCAGUCUUUCAGUGAGUUCCUGCUUUAUGAUGCAGUGAUUUCUGGAAGGAAAAAACUGGCAGUGAUGGAUUUGAAUUUAACAGUGAUUGACAGUGGUUUGUUGGAGAGCGACCAAUCAACACGAGUUCUCACCGGAUGCUUCCUGUCUCUCCUCAUUCUUUCCACCCUGCUGGGAAACAUGCUUGUUUGUGCAGCAGUCACCAAAUUCCGCCAUCUCCGCUCCAAAGUCACCAACUUCUUCGUCAUCUCUCUGGCUGUGUCAGAUCUAUUGGUCGCCAUCUUGGUCAUGCCUUGGAAGGCUGUAACGGAAAUCGUUGGCUUCUGGCCUUUUGGAUCAUUCUGUGACAUCUGGGUGGCUUUUGAUAUCAUGUGCUCAACAGCAUCCAUCCUCAACCUUUGUGUUAUCAGUGUAGACCGGUACUGGGCCAUUUCCAGCCCAUUCCGCUAUGAGAGAAAGAUGACUCCCAAGGUGGCAUUUGUGAUGAUCAGCAUAGCUUGGACGCUGUCUGUGCUCAUCUCUUUUAUCCCGGUGCAGCUGAACUGGCACAAGGUGCAGCCAGUGAGCUUACCAUUGCAGAAUACUUCUCAUGGGGCACCUUUAACGGACAAUUGUGACUCUAGUCUCAACCGAACCUAUGCAAUUUCCUCCUCCCUCAUCAGCUUCUACAUCCCAGUGGCCAUCAUGAUUGUGACUUACACACAGAUUUACAGAAUAGCCCAAAAGCAGAUUAAGAGGAUCUCUGCGCUGGAGAGGGCUGCUGAGAGCGCCAAGUUCCGGCACAACAGCAUGGGCAGCAACUGCAAUAUGGACUCUGAGAGCUCCUUUAAGAUGUCUUUCAAAAGGGAGACCAAGGUGCUAAAGACCCUGUCUGUUAUAAUGGGAGUGUUUGUGUGUUGCUGGUUGCCCUUCUUUGUCCUUAACUGCAUGGUGCCGUUUUGCGAGCGUAACCUUCCAUGCAUCAGUCCCACCACCUUUGACAUCUUCGUGUGGUUUGGAUGGGCAAACUCUUCUCUCAACCCCAUUAUAUAUGCCUUCAACGCAGACUUCCGCAGAGCAUUUGCCAUUCUCUUGGGCUGCCCUAGGCUUUGCCCAGGUCACAAUGUCAUAGAGACACAUAGCCUAAACAAAAAUUGAAAUGACCCUGCUGCAUGAUUCUCUUCCUCAAUGGGGUCAGAGGAUAUUCUUAGUAUGUGGGGGAACCUGCUCUAAAAUGCAGCCUAGUCCACAUUCCCCAGUGCCAGAACAAUAAUGUGUACAAGAGGGGUGAAGGGAUUUGGGAUUAAGGCUCUGAGAAGAAAGCCCUCCUGCUGUGCUGGGCACCAGUUCUGAUGUUUCUGUUAAGGGGGAUAAUCUUUAUGACGGGCAAUGCUUCUGACUCCAAAGACUGAUUGCCUUGAAAUCCUGCAGCUAUGGACUAUUUCAAGCAUGAGCAAAUUACUAGGCCUAGGCAUUUAGGGACUAGGCCUUUAGGAAUUUUGUAUUUCCUUCCUUGUGAAUAUGUUUCACUUAGAGACCUUAAGAAUGAUAAUGAACAAACAAGAAUGUUUAUAUGGAAAGGAGUUUAAAUGUGACUGCAUAAUGAACAGUUUAUAUAUAUGAACUGGAAUUGAAACUAAUGACUUCAGCUGGGCAAACACAGAAUACAAUGGGACAUUUUCUGUAGUGCUCUUCUCUCUGCAGCGCAUUUCCAGUUUUUAAGUUGAACUGCUAAGCUCUAAAGGGCCAAGACUUCACUAGAAAGCAGGGGUGGCUGGUCUAAAUGGGCUAGCAGGUCUUUCAAAGAUAAAAACACAUCAGUAUAAGGUUUCAUUUUUGGCAUUCACAUCAAAUUAUUUGCUGGUGACAAAUGUCUUAAGGUGGAUUAUAUUUUUUGAAUUCUUGCAGAACCAAGAGCAACAAAUGUUUGUAGGAAGUAUACACAGAAAAGUAUAGAGAAGAGAGGUUAGGCUGUUUUCUUUCUAGCCCAGACUGUAGAUUCAUGCAGCCUAUCACUGACAGUCGUGUGAGAUGCUUACAAAGAGUGAAACACCCCUAGAUGUGAUCUCCAUUUGCGCUUCACUGAUACAUCUGUAACACAUCAUCAGCAGUGAUUGAUGAAACAGGACUUUGAGGAAUUCCGGAAUUUGAAUCAUGAAAGGAGCUGCCUAUAUGUCACAAUAAUGUGCAAGUAAUAGUUUGCCCCACAUCAUAAUUAUUAUGCCAUCACUGAGACCUUGUGAUAUAAUGCAUUGCUCAACCCUAAUAGUUUAAUUGUUGAGCCAUUAAUGGAUAUAAGAUUGUAGCCCUUCCAUGUAAUAUCUCAACCAACCAUCACUUCCAGCAAGUAAACUUAUUAAAUUUAAUUCUUGGUCAAUAAUUGAAACAUCAAGAUGAAUAUAACCUGGUUGCAAAAAACUGCAAAAAAAAAACAUCUCCCACUUCUCAUAACAUUUCCCUUAAACCUCACUUUAUUCAUAAGAUAUAGCUUUAUAUCCCGGCUUAUUCCAAAACAAGAGGGCAGAUGGUCAAUUACGAGAUGGUUGUUCCGUGAUUGUCAUAAUAAAUAUGUAUGCUGUUCAUUGGUGCCUGUGCUCCUCUAAAGUCUGCUUUUCUAUUACCAAACUCUGACAGCUAACUACCAAGACAAACAGAACAGAUGGCCAUUAAAUAUGAAUUCAGAGGUGGAAAUGAACUAUGAUGAGUAAGCCCCAGUGAAUGUGUAAUGGAUUCAUUGUUAUUAUGACCGCUACUGUAUUCAGAAGAUGCCUAUGCUGCUCAAAGGGUGUUCUACCUUCAUCUCAGUAGCAAACAGCAUCCACUGCUAUAUUAAUUAAUGUGUGUUAUGUGCAAUUCUACAGUGUGGCUGUAUUGCUAAAGUGCUUUGUGAACAAGAACAAGAUAUGUUUAAAGGAAAUGGUGGCUGAUUUUUUAGGAAUUCACAAAAGUUGACCUCAGUUCCUUAAUUGUUUGGGUGUGAGAAUAUGAUGUUAGAGGUAUGCUUAGAGUAUCAGUGUGUUUACAGAAUGGAUGUCCAUUUGGGCAAGAUGAUUAAAUCCCUCUUUGGUGUUUAAGUCAUUAUGAACGGUCAGUAAUGUACUUGAUGCUCAUCCAUCAAGAACACUUUAGUACACAAAUUAGCAGAAUGAAUUCCUGUAAUUUGAAGCAGUAAAAUAUGAACAAGGUAUAAAUAUGUUUCAUCAUCUUAUUGUCUCACUGUUGAAAAUGGAAAAAGUGGCGUAUAUUCACUACAGCUGUUGGAGAUGAACUCUAGGUGAUUUAGCUAUCACGAUAAAUGUACUACUAUACUGUAUGUAAUGUGAGACGUUAAGUAAAAAGCUACUAAAUUCAUUGUGGUGUACAAGUAGUUUUAUCUCAGCCUGUGCUGUGAUAAAUGAUGGACUUCAUCAAUAUGUCCAGUCAGUAGAAAGAUCCAGAAAAACCACAAACUAACUAAAUGGUUAUGCUAUCUGCACCCACAGUGUCAGAACUUUUCCCUUGACUUUUGCUGAAUAAAAGUUUGUGUUGGUUUUGUUGCCAUACUUUUCCUGUCUCAUAUGUAUCUCACAUAAGAGUGACGUGAGCUUCCCCUGUCAAUGCCACACUAUUUGCUGUGGGGAGAGGCUUAGAAACAAGUGCUGACUGCAUGUCACACACUCUCUUGUCCUCGGUGUGAUGAGAUGUGAACGGGAAACUAUAGCAGACAGGAGAAAUUGGGCCUUAGCAUCCUUUACGAUUACAUUAGUUUCUACUGCGCUCUGUGACAUAGCACUACUGACAUAAAUACAGAUAAUAGGCUCAAGCUCAACUGGAGGAACUCCAGAGUCAAGCAGAUUUUUUUUGCACAGCCAGCCUUUGUGACUUUGUGUUAAAUUCGACCGUGCGCAGUAGGGCCCUCCACGCUGUCAUUAGUGGUCAGACUCAGAUUGAAAGCUCUCAUGUCAGACACAAUGGGCAGCAUAUUGAGUGACUCAUUAAAGACUAGACACAGAGUGAAGCACCAAUAUCACAGCAUGUGAGUCACCGUGGUAAUCCAAUGCUGUGUUUGGCAUCUAAGCCACACUUACAAGCCCAGGUAGCAAUGGAAACACUUACUAUAAUUACCUUGCUCAAGUUCAUUAGUAUUUCAUGACAUGCUCAGUAGGGAAUGCAGUCAAAACAGUGUUACACAAACACCAACGGGGUGUAAAUUUAAUUUUUGCUCAUUGAAGGUUGGCACCCUAAUACCUCAUGUUGCUGAUUUUCUUACAGCAAGAUUAGAUUAACGAGUGUAAUACAAUAAAACAGUGUGACAUAAUGACAUAAUGUUUCUUGUAUGGCUUUUUCCGCACAUCCAAAUUAGCAUAACAUUUAAAUCUAAAUUUUUAUGUUUUCAAUUUAUAAUCAAGUCACACAGGGGUGAGAAAGUGGUGUUCUUUAUUUAGAACUAGUCUGCAACAAUACAAGUGACUCUGUACAUGACCACUGGAUGUCAAGGUCACUGAGUAGCUUUAGGGAGUUUUAUGCUGGCAAGUGAGUGUGUGUGAAAGAGAGAGAGAGAGGCAGACAUGCCCAACCUGUCUGUUAGAGAUAUUUCUCCAACUUUCGUUUUGGACAAAAUGCUGCAGAGCCUGUAACACUGGGGAAGUCCUAUAGCACUGAUGCAUUAUAUGGAGAAGUCUGAACAUGACAUAGUUCUUCUCUCCUCGUUCUCAUGGUUAAUGCAAAGUCAGAGUGUAAAAUUGGAGCCUGGGAAGGGCAAUCAAGUGCUUAGAUAAAUCAUAUUCACUCUUGCUUAAAAAUUAAUAAAUCUCAAUUGAUAUUGUAAUGCUCCCAGAACUAAUGCAUUUGUAAUGGAUCAUAUGACAUAGCUGUGACAGAGUAAUGAGAAGAGCACAGGGAGCUGCAGCAGACGCAGAGGGAAAUGUGUCAGCUCAUACAAACGUUGACUGACACUGAUUCAUGUUCCCCAUCCCUGUGGCUGAGUGCGUCUGGGUGUCUCAAUGUCACCAAUGAUCAGCGUCUUUUUUUCCAUAGUGGGCUGAUUUGAACCUCACCAGGAUCAAUGAGAUUGUUAAACCUGCUAGAAUAAGCAUCACUUGGCUUGCUGCAUCUGUUGUUCCUGCUUUCUGUGUCCUCUAUAUGUAAUCUGUCUUAACAGGCCAACUUAGACUCUGCUUAGUCAUCAUUUUAUUCAGCUAUUAAAUUUAAAACUAACAUGGUCAAGUGAUUUCACUGGAUUUUACAAAAGUGAAGUUGUAAGAGAAUUCCUGGCUACAAACUUAACCCUUCCACCUAACCUUAAGCACUAGCAAAUUUGCAGAGACCCACCAAACACUACAUAAACAUUCAUUCUGUAUC